AUGUCAUCCAGCAGAAAGCCGCUCAUACGGUAAGUUCUCUUCGCAAAAAUAUCGCUCUGAAAAUGCCAUCGGAGUUCCGCGGAGCAGCACAAAAAUCAAAAACAAAAACAGUCCUGCUCCGAGAGCACUCGGAAAAUUGAAUUUCCCCAGAAGCCUUGUCUAGAAAAAACAGUUCAAAGUGCAAAGAAAAAGUACAAAAACUGUAAAACCGCACAUAUUUUCUCGGUUUUAUGGCUCAUUUUUCCGGAGUUUUACGAGUUUAGUGCGUACCGGCGCUCCGGUUCGAUACUCGGUUUUUAUCGUUUUUUGAAAGAAAAGCGAGAACGAAAACAACAGAAAAAUGAGAAUCGAGCGUUCCAAUACUUUUAGUGAUGUGGUAUUCUGUUUUGCUGGGCAGAAGAAGAAGGCCGUUCUGGUCGCAGAAUCGCAGACAUUUCUUGUAAGUUUCUCGACGAUCGUGUAGAGUUUCGAAUUUAGAAGUUUCUGUUUCUAUAAAGAACAUUCUUCCGAAGUUCCCAAUGCCAAAUGAUAGAUGCCAAAACCGAAAAUGAUCGUGCAAAGGUUCGAGAUCAUAGGCUAAUCCUUCCGAAAUCUACCCCCGUCCGCGCUUGCUUUUCAACACCACAACAUCCUUUUCCCUCGUCCGCCACGUCGUCGAUUCAAUACAUUUCUGUCCCGAUUCGCUCCCAAAACGUGGCUUUCGCUGGCCGAGGCAUUAAAUAUCCAUACAUUUUGUAAAAAGCAAACAGAAGCUCUACUCUCUUUUGCAAGUUUGAUUUGCUUAAUCUUCUUUAUUUUGCAGGAACAGUUCGCAUUCUGAUCGACCGACAACCAUGAGGAACUGGCCGCUUUUCGUUUUUCUCAUGUGCCUGGUAAACAGCUAGCUCCUUGGCUGAUUGAAAGCAAUUGGUUCCCUGUAUUCAGGUGCUCUUCUUCUACAUUUUCUACGUUUAUCAAGCACAAGGUGCCACGUUGUCUCUGGCUAACGAAGAAGUCAGACAACUCUCGGCGCAGUUGAGUUUGACAAAAGGAAAGCUCGUCGGUGAGGAACUGAAAUCGAAUUCCACGUCAUGUAAUUUUUUACAGGAAGUUUGGCGGAUCUGGAAACGAGUAGUAGCGAAAAGAAGUCGUUGACGACGCAAUUGGAAGACGUGAGCAAGAAAAGCGAGGAGUGCAUGGUCUCUCUGCGAAAUACGAAGCUCCGAGUGGACACUCUUGAGAAGGACACCAAGUCAAACUCCGACAACUACACAAAAUUGCAAGAAGAAUUGGCAGCUCUCAAAGUGAAAUCCGAAGAGCUUCAGAGAAAUAACACGGCGCUCAAUUCGCUUGUUUCCACGCAGGACCAACUCAUUACUCAGCUGAAUCAGACGAUUGGAAUGUAAGAAUUGAGCUUUCGAACCUACAAAAUCACCUCCAAACUUUCAGCAUCAAAUUCGAGAAGGAAGAACUAAAAAACGCAGCGAACCUCUCUCCGAAAACUGAGAAGCCCGAGGAAAAGAAGCAAGAAGAAACUACGACUCAAACCCAUGAAAAGGCUCAGGAAGUUGCCAAAGAAGCUGUUCAGCCAUCUACCACAACGCCUUCGUCCACUCAGAAUCCGGUUGGAAAUCUCGAAGAGAAAGAGCCUGAGAACCAGCAGGAAGAGCCGGAACCCGAGCCAGUGGCCGCCGAGCCAGAAGACAAGGAGACGUAA